CGUCACAAAUCGGGUCCAUAAUCGUUACGAUAGACGGGAAGGGACGGUAACCGGUCGUAUUCACCGCGCCCAAGGAACGAUAGUGGUGAAAAACCCAGUGAAAAAUUGUAAAAUCGGCGUGUAGAUUGUGCGGGUAAUGCGUUUACAUCUAUGAGACCUCUACAGACAAAUUCUACAUGAAUAUUAGGAGUGGACAAUAUAUUUUCUAUGUAUGCAAACCGAUGUGGUUGUGAUUUUCCGAGCACCAUUGGAUAGUUUUAUAGGUGAUUGGUUUAGGACAGCUGUAAAGCUUUGGAAAGAGGAGUAAAUUUGUUUUGUGUCGAACAGUAUGAACGAACUGGAUUCUCUUAGGCAAGAAGCUGAAACCCUCAAAAAUGCUAUUAGAGAUGCUCGCAAAGCGGCUUGUGACACAUCUUUGGUACAGGCUACCUCCAGCCUGGAGCCCAUUGGUCGAGUGCAGAUGCGGACUAGACGUACUCUCAGAGGCCAUUUGGCCAAGAUCUACGCUAUGCACUGGGGCUCAGACUCAAGGAAUCUUGUCUCAGCAUCACAAGAUGGAAAACUUAUCGUAUGGGACAGUCACACCACAAAUAAGGUACAUGCAAUCCCCCUCAGAUCAUCAUGGGUGAUGACAUGUGCUUAUGCACCAUCUGGAAAUUUUGUCGCCUGUGGAGGUUUAGAUAAUAUAUGCUCUAUCUAUAGCCUAAAGACUAGAGAAGGCAAUGUUCGGGUCAGCCGAGAAUUGCCCGGUCAUACUGGUUAUCUAUCUUGCUGUCGUUUCCUCGAUGACAACCAAAUCGUGACUAGUUCAGGAGAUAUGUCUUGUGCCCUAUGGGAUAUUGAGACUGGGCAGCAAGUCGCCUCUUUCUUAGGACACACAGGAGAUGUAAUGUCUCUUUCCUUGUCACCUGACAUGCGUACAUUUGUAUCAGGAGCAUGUGAUGCUUCUGCGAAGCUGUGGGAUAUUCGAGAAGGUUUGUGCAAACAGACAUUCCCCGGUCACGAGUCAGACAUCAACGCUGUUACGUUCUUCCCCAACGGUUUCGCCUUUGCCACAGGUAGCGACGAUGCUACAUGCAGACUGUUCGACAUCAGGGCGGACCAAGAAUUGGCUAUGUAUAGCCACGAUAACAUCAUUUGCGGCAUCACUAGCGUCGCUUUUAGCAAAUCUGGUAGAUUACUUCUAGCUGGAUAUGACGAUUUCAAUUGUAAUGUGUGGGACUCUAUGAAAACAGAAAGAGCAGGUAUAUUAGCUGGUCACGAUAAUCGUGUUAGUUGUUUAGGAGUUACAGAUAAUGGAAUGGCAGUGGGGACAGGUUCGUGGGACAGUUUCCUACGCAUUUGGAAUUAAGAUAGUGAUGCCAAAAAACGUUAAAUUUCUCACCUGCAUCACAAUAUCUCUUUACAUUGCAUUUAUUCAAAUCGAAACUUUUUUAUUUUAAGUGUACUAUAUAUAUAGUUAUAUUUUUUCAAUAUUCUUUGCUUUUUUAUUAUCUUAUUUCUGUUAUAUAAAUAGCAUAAAAUGUGUCUAGCUUUGUGAUGUAUUUUCUUUAAUUUUUAAGUCGUUAUUUUUUGUGACAAUUCUACAAAUUUUAGGCGCUGGCCCAUGUAUGUUGUGUAUAGUAUUUAAUAUCAUUUUAAGUUAAUAAAUCAGUAUUGUUUAUGUUGAUGAUUUGAUGAUGUAGGUGAGAAAUAAGAGGAUAUUGGUUGUUCAGUGCGUACGCCAAAAUAGCGUACCGUUUUUCAUUUUGGUUAGUUCCAAGUACAAACAUAUGACCAAGCUAGUUAAAACAAGUACCGUACUUUAUCCUGAACUGUUUUUAUCCAGUUGAGCCAGUCUCUCAAAUCACUCUCUUUUAACAAAAUAAGGGCCAGCUGCGUAAAAACUUCCUUUGGCGAAGAACAAACUGAAAAAAAUCUGCUUCUGAACAAACAAAAAAAUAGCAGAUAUGAUAAAACUAGUCUUACAAAUUUUAACCAAAUGUUGAAAGUGUGCCAUAAUCUCAACUUAGCGUCACAAACAAACAAAAAAAGACCAAUGAUAGAGUUGAUUGUGGCGAGGUUCCUUUGAUUGAACAACAGGCAGGUUACGAAUCAAAUUGUUUGAGAUACUGCCUAUAAAAAUUUUGGAAAGAACAGUGUUCCAUUUUUGCUAAUACUUUUUUUAUCAACACUUUUUUUAUUUACCUCAGUGUUUUUUCUAUGACAUCGCAGUUCUGUACAUAUAUGUUCCUCUGAUGAUGUUUUUUCGUCUUGUUUUUUAGAAAUCUUUAAGGUUUUAUCAUCCCCCACAUGACUAUAUAGCUUCUGCUUGAAUGUAAGUGGUAUGAACAUUUUUUUAAAAAGCUAAAUUUCACUUAUUUUUUUGAUUUUUGAUUGCACAAGCAUAAUACGGUGUAUCUCCCGUGAUAUUUUCAACGUCUUUUUAUAAAAUUUCAUACCGUAUCGCGGGGCAUAUUGCCAUUAAAACUAAGUGUAUAAUUUUAAAUUAUUUAUUCGAGUGUGAACGUCAGUGAAUAUGAGAACAAACAAUCGUGUGCGUUGGGAGACUUUGGGGUAGGGUUCGCGUUAAGAUAAGCUACGAAAUCACAAAUACCACAAUGUCACUGUUGGCAAUUUAUUAAAUAAUUCUUAAUUGGAAAUACACAUCCAUCCAAGUAUUAAGGGCUCAAAAUUGUUUGCAGUUUCAUUUGAUGCACUGUGUUGCAUACUUUUUCCUUGUACAUUUCUGAACAAAUUUUUAAUUGACAUUGUAACGGUCUUAGAAAACUGAAUAGUGGAUUUCCUACAUACUCAACAUUACUGGUUCAACUAAAUUACCUCUGUUGACUGCCACCUAUGGUCAAGAUAAGCUUUAACAUAUCAUCAAUACCUGAUUGAUGUUUUCCCUUGAUUCAUUACAUUUUCUUGCAUUACGAGCCCUAACAACUUGUUCUAACAAACAGAAAUUUAUUGAAAAUGUUCGCCUUUACAACCUUACUUAUUGGGUUAAAGAACGAGAUCAACAAUACAUUAAAGUCUAUCAUUAAUAAUAAAAUAUUGAAAUGGCUUAGUUUCUAUGAACUUUAAAUUAAAUGUUGUAAUCAACAAAUGGCAAAACAAGAAGAAAUCUCUUUCACAAUCAAGAAACGGAAACUUGAAUACCUUUGUCAUAUUAUGAUACAUGAUAAAUGUCAUAUACUCCAACUGAUAAUACAGGGUAAAAUAGAAAGCAAACGCGGACCCGGAAGAAGAAGACACUCAUGGCUUCAAAACUUACGCCAAAGGUUUGGACUAACAUCGAUCGAGUUAUUUAAAAACGCCGCAAACAAAAUUAGAAUUGCUAUGAUGAUAGCCAACGUCCGCAACGGACAAGGCACACGAAGAAUAAGAAGAGUUGUAAUCAAGAUCUCUGUUGGACUUUCUUUCAAAACUACGCUAUAAGAGAUGAUUGUCUAAACCUUCUAAAAUUGAUUUUCUAGGCGGCGGUGCAUAGUCUAUGAGAAUAGGGCUUUUCAUCGAUUGUCAUUUGUUUCGAGCUUCUGUCAUAUAUUGUAUAAUCUGUGUAUAAUAUUAAUAUACACUGAUUAUAUGACAUAUGACAGAAGCUCGAAACAAAUGACAAUCGAUGAAAAGCCCUAUUUGGAAUGCCACGAUACAACAUUGGAGACCUUACCAAAGUAAACGACCGAGAGGAAGACCACAGAUGAGAUGGGUUGAUGAUAUUAAAAGAGUAGCCGGAACGAAUUGGAAAUAUGUUGCUCAGGAUAGAGACCGAUGGAAGGAGUUGGGAGAGGCCUAUGUCCAAACGUGGACGAUAGAAGGCUAAGAAGAAGAAGAAGAAGACAGAAGCUCGAAACAAAUGACUGUGAAUGAAAAGCCCUAUUGGCCUACGAACAAGUUUCCAAAGAGUUUGGAAAUUUAUUCCUAGGCUAAUUAUAAUAGAGUUUAUGUACCGCCGCCUGGGAAAACAAUUUUAGAAGGUUUAGAGGUUAACGUCUCUUAUAACGUAGUUUUGAAAGAAAGUCCAACAGAGCUCGGUGCCGGUCAGAGAUAUCUUCCUGCAUUAUCUUUGAUUUUGGCAAUGCCCUUGUUUAAUCUUGUUCCUCUUUACAUUUUGUAAUUAACACACAUAAUACAUAUCGCUACCUACAUUCUAAUACCACAUAUGAGGAUUUUUAUUCGAGUUAGAGGUUGAUUCUGAGUAUAUUGCGCAUGCUUUACUGAAUUAUUCUAAUCCCAAGUACAAGAAACAAUGUUUUUUCGUACUUGGGAUUAGACUCAUUCGGUAGAGCGUGCGCAAUAUACUCAGAAUCAACCUCUAACUCGUUUCGCCUAAAAAUCCUCAUACGUGGUAUUAGAAUGCAGGUAGCGAUAUAGGAAAUAUGUUGAAGUCUCAUUUUCAAAAGAGCCAGUUUAUCAUCGUUUUUUAAGGAUGGUAUGUUCUCUGGUAUGCCAUCUCUUCAAAGGUGUCCAGAAUUUCCUUUUCAUCCUGCAUUACUACUCUAUUUCGUCGUAUUGAAUAAAUAUUUUAUCAAAGCUUUUCGCUAGAGUUUUGUUACAAGUUACAAGUAACUGUCAAGCAACUUAAAACUUAUAACUAGUUGUCAAAAUUAUUUAUUUUAUACACGGUAAGUACAGCAGACCCCCCUCUAUAACGAGAACUGAAAUGGCAUACUAAUUACCUCGUUAUAAGCUGAUCUCGUUAUAUCAGACAACAAUAAUAUUGAGCAUACAUAUGAAUAUGUAGUUUUCUAAAACACUAACUUCCUAUAGUGAAGCCAUUCCGAGCAAUAUAAGAUAUUAAAUAUUGUUUGAAUGGCGCUGUUGAAAAAUAUUUGGUGGAUAAACAGGAUGAUGUUGACUCAAUAAGCAUACAGAUUUUAGGCAUUUCUGUAUACAGGCAUCUUGGGUAUUUAUUUAUAGCCAUCACAGCGCCAAAAACAGGUGAAGAAACAUGCUCUUCAACCUCAUUUUCCCUCGUUAUAAGUAAGGAUGCUUCGUUGUAAAGGUGUUAUAAUUCAAUAGGAAUUUCAUGGAACACCUAAUGUACCUCGUUAUAAGCGAAACCUCGUAAUACCCUUAUUUGUUAUAUAUAGAGUAUGCUGUAGAUAAUUCUGAAAAUUAAGUUGCCACAACAUUUUCGUUUAUUUUUUGAUCAACACUGUAAUCCAAAGUUUGUAGAAACCAAGCUAUUUCAAUAUUUUGUUAUUAAUGAUAGACUUUAAUGUAUUGUGGAUCUCAUUCUUUAAUCCAAUAAGCAAGAUUGUGAAGAUUAAUGUUUUCGAUAAAUUUCCGUUUGUCCAAACAUUUAGUUGUUAGAGCUCGUACUCAUUUUAUCUGUAUAAAUUCUAAUUCUAAUUGUUACUAUAAAGACUAAUGUAAUCAUACCAAAGAAAAAUGCAUUUAUCUUUUACCAGGACUCUUGUGAAUGCGUACUAUUUCUUGAUAAGCAUCGUUCGUGUUAAUUACUGAUUCCUAUUCCUCGAAGAAGAAAGUGUGUAGCAGACUGAUUUGUGAUUUGGCUUUUCUUCUAUAUCAUUAAUCCCCUAACCAAGAAUUUCCUUUUUUUAUUAUUGAAAUUCUGAGGUUAGAACCGCUCCGGGGUCGUGGCUGAAUGUUUUUAUAUUAAUAGGAAAAUACCACAGACAAAAUAAAUAUAUAAUUGAAAAAUCUGUUAAAUCAUUGCCUACUGUAUAAUUUGACAUUUUCAGGGCACAAUUUUAAGCAUUGAUGUAGCAUUUUUAUUUGUCUCAAGCUGUCUAGAUUUCUGUGAAGCAAAUAUUGCUGCUUUUUAAAAAAGUAGCAAUAACUGCUCGAGGCACAAAUUUUAUUCUAAUACUUAUAAAUAUGGCAUAUAUUUUUAUUUGUCUGCAUUAAAUGGGUGCCGCAUGUAAAUGAUUAACAUCUCGUAGCUUAAUAAUCUCUUAUUUCUAAUUAAAAUAAAACAUCUCUAUUCUUUUUGAUACCAUUUUGUCUCGAGAACUUCAUCGUCGAAGAUAAGUUAUGUAGGCAAUUUAGUCGAGUAAAAGUUGUUAAGACGAAAGUAAUUUUAUUUUAAUUGAAAUCUGCGGAUGCUAUAGUUGUGGCUCGGUGAUUUACAUGCGGUGGACAUAUAAACUGGGAAAAUAUUUACCUGAUAGGUGAUUGUGCAGUUUUUUCAAAACGUAGUUUAGAAUUGUCAUUUUUUUAUUGUUAAUGAUUUACAUGCGUAUGAUGUAUGAAAUACUAUAGCAACAUAUAUGUUAUAUUGUAAUGUACCUAAUAAAAUAAUUUAAACAGAA